AUGAAGCCGUCUGCGAAGGACCUCGUGUCAUCGAUACACAAGGCUUUCACCGCAAAUCCGCCUUCAAAGGAUCAAGGCGUCGGACACUUAAAAGUUACAGUGGAUGUCGGUGUGACGGAGUGUCGUGUCGCAGCAAGUUCCGCGAAUGUCAACAACAAACGGGCGCUUGAAUUGUCAAACAACGACGAACAUUUCGGUCGACGGCUUGAAGCUCUGGAACUUGAGACAAAAGUUAAACAAAUCAUCGCACAAAAUGAGUUGAUCGAGGUACGCAAACAGCAAGUAUAUGCCGAACAUCUCUUCAACGAGCUAGCCAACAAGAGGGAAUUGAAUAAAAGAACAAAAAGAAGAAACAAAAGAAGAAGGAAU